CACAACCAAGCAAGGCUUACCAGGAGGGACAGACAUACGUCUAUGAUUUGGAAGGAACUUCGGUGACCUCUGUCAGUGAAGCUCAAGGCGAAGCUCGUCUAAAGCUCAAUGCCGUAGUAGAAUUGUCUAUCAGACCAGACUGUGCAAGACAAUUAAGGCUAAAGAACGUGCGCAUUAACGAUACGCCAGUAGCCUUAAAAGACCUUGAGCAGUACGCUCUGCAAUUUAAUCAGCACGAUGGCCACAUUGACAACGACGUUUGUGCCGAACCUGGGGAUUCGCAGACCUCUCUUAACAUCAAGAGAGCUAUCAUUUCCCUUUUCCAGACGGCUGUUAUUCGGGAUUCUGGAGCAACGACACAUCAGGAGGUGGACGUCUUCGGCGGCUGUCCGACGGACUUCAGUUUCCGCAAAACCGGAGACACCUUGGUGGUCCAAAAGUUCAGGAACCUGAAUCAAUGCCUCUACCGUGAAAAUCUUCGUCAGGGGCUCAUCACAUCAGCAUUUGAUUCUCACUCAGACAUCAAAUCCGUUCCUUUACUAGCAUCUCAACAAAAGGUUGAGCAGCAGUUCAAACGUGGAAUUCUGAACAAGGCAGUCUCAAAAGAAACAUAUAACUACAAGCCCUUCAGCAACGGAGAUGCAGGCGCUAAGACCGUUGUGGAGACCACUGUAUCGUUCAAGAGCCAAUCGGCAAGUGGACCAGCAGCCCUUGUCUCGGAGGCAAAGACUUUGAUAUUCGAAGUCCCCCAUCCUGUUGUGAAAUCCUCUGCUAACUCUAUAGUCAGUGCCCUGAAAGCGUUGAAAGAUGAAGAGGCCGAUGGUGCCGUGAAACCUCAGGCUGCACGUCGUUUCAGCGAGCUCGUUAAAGUCCUUCGAACCAGCACAAAAAACGACAUCUUGUCGGUGUACCAGCGCGUUAAGUCAGGAGCUGGAUUUGACGAAAACUCAGAUAAAAAGAUUCUGUUGGAUGCUCUAUUCCGCACAGGAAGUGGCGAGGCAGCUGAAGUCUGUUUAGAGCUAAUCCGAAACAAGGAAAUCACCGGGGUCCAAGCGUUGGUCUACUACAGCAGUCUGGCUUUCCUACGACACGUCAAUCUUCCUUCUGUAGUCGCCGUAACGUCUCUUCUGGACCAACCCGACCUCCCUCGUAUUGGUUAUUUGGGAAUAGGCCACCUCAUCGGCAAAUACUGCAACGAACACAACUGCCGAGAUGUUCCCGAAGUGAAAGCUGCUCUGUCUAAGAUUCUGUCUAAGGUCGGCAACGGGAAACCUGGAACCAGAGACAAAGAGAAUGUUGUAAUUUCGGCCAUUAAGGCGUUGGGUAAUGUUGGUUACUUGGACAAUCCAACUAUCCAUAAACUGGCAAACAUAGCCGCUAACAAGAAGGCUCAUAACAGAGUUAGAGUUGCCGCUAUAGAAGCACUUCCUUCUACCUGCUCGAUAGAAUGGCAAAACGUGUUGCUUAAAGUAAUAGCUGACCGUGAGGAGGACAGUGAAAUUAGGAUCAAAUCAUAUCUGUCCUUGGUCGCGUGUCCAUCAUCUCACGUCGCAAAUGUCGUAAAGGAGGUUUUGGAUGAAGAGACGGUUAACCAAUUCGGAUCCUUUGUCACAUCUCAUUUGAGGAACCUUCGGGCUUCCGUGGAUCCUGAUAAACAACUCGCUAAGAAGUAUUUGGAGAACAUUAAGCCCCGAACGAAAUUCCCGGAAGACUUUCGCAAGUUUUCCUUUAAUAACGAGUUUUCUUACCACGCGGAUGCUCUUGGUUUCGGAUCUAGUGCCGAAAGUAACGUAAUUUACAGUCAAAAUAGCUUCGUCCCCAGAUCGGCAAGUCUUAACUUGACCACAGAAAUCUUUGGCCAUACGUUCAACUUCCUGGAGUUAGACGCUAGAGUGGAAAAUCUGGAUCGACUGAUUGAGCAUUACUUUGGACCGAAGGGCCACUUUAGACACUUUGAUCCCAAGGAAUUUGUUGCGCACGGUUCGGAAAAUGUUGCGGGUAUUGUGAAACUUGUUAAAGAACGCUUUCAGAAAUCCAUAGGACGAGGACGUCGCGAUGUCAGCCAGGGAGACUUGGAUAAAUUUGCUAAGAAUGUUUAUCUGCGAGGAAACGAGGUUGACGAGGAUCUAGAUGUAGACUUGUCGAUUAAACUCUUCGGAGCUGAAUUGGCUUUCCUGUCGUACCAAAAUACUGGUAAAAAAUGGACAAUCGAUCGCAUAGUAGACAAAGUAUUUGAUGGCUUCGACCAAGGGCUUAAUAAGGUCAAAGAUUUUAAUUACGAUUUCGAGAACCAUUUGCAUUUCCUGGAUGUGGAUUUAGUGUAUCCAACCGGAUUGGGUCUUCCUCUAAGCUUAGGUGUUACGGGUACUGCGGUUGCUCAUCUGAAAACCAAUGGCAAGAUAGAUCUGCCCACCAUUUUCAAAGAUCCAAAAAAUGCGGCGAUUAGGGUAGCAUUGGAACCUAGUGCUUCCAUCAGAAUCGCUGGAAAUCUAGUAGUGGAAGGUCCCGAUGCAGAAGCUGGACUUAAAGUUAUCACUGUCCUACACACCGCAACUGGUUCCGAUGUAUCCGUGAAAUUCUUGGAUGGCAACGGCAUCGACGUGAACUUUGGGAUUCCUAAAAGGAAGCAGGAGUUGAUCAGCAUCUCCAGUGAAGUCGUCGUGAGCUCAGGACCAAAAGGAGAGAAGUAUAUCCAACCUAAGUUUGGCAAAGGCCGGGAGCAUUCGGACUGUUUCGAACAGUUCUCCAGCAUUUUGGGCCUCACUAUCUGUGGCCACAUUUCCUAUCCCUACGACAGCUUGGAGUCGGUCCAGAAAAGACCAUUCUACCCUCUAAGUGGACCAGCCAAAUUUUCCGUGAGUAUCGAGAACAACGACGUGACCAGCUACCAUUUCAAGGUCUACUACGACAAGAAGAACCCGAAGGCCAGGUCGCUAGAGGUUUUGCUGGAGACACCGAACAGCAGAACCGACAGGAAAUUACUGUUCCUGGUGGAGGGAGCCACCGAACCAGAGAAGUUUAUCAGGGUCUCCCUAGACUCGCCCAUAAAGAAGGCGUCCUUGGAAGGCAGGCUCGUGAACAAUCCACAGGAGCGCACUUUGACUCUGACGGCGAAACACGAUCAAAUCGAGUAUUUCGUUCGUGCAGGUGUCCUCGCCAACGGGAACAAAUACAAACCGGUACUGGAGUACAAGGUUCCGGAACACGUGGAGCGCCUGGCAGGGUCCAAAAGUGGUACCAAGGUCGUCCAUCGCGAAGGUCAGCAGUACAGCGUCCAAGGUGUCGUGGACGUGGCCGAGGAAAACAGCGGAAAGAAGUACACCUUCGACAAGGUCGUCCUGCUCUCGGGCGGUCGCAAAGUACUCGGCCUAGAUGGGACCGCGUUCUCCAACGCCGACCAGGUGAACGUCGACGUCAAGGUCAACUACGGGGAGGAGAACGUAGCUUUGAAACUGGACGCGAAACGAAUCGCAGAACGCCACUACAUCCUAGGCGUCUCGGCCCAACCCUCGAAGAAUCCUGAAAUAGGAUUCGACCUUAAAUGGGAGUAUUCGAGAGACCAAAACAACAUUGAACAUUCUUUGGUAUUCAUCCACGGACCUGACCUAACUUCUAAAGUCAAUAGGUUGACUCUCCAUGAGAAAGCGUCCUUCAAGAAAGAUCCUGAACACUUCCACCUAUCCGGAGUUAGCGAACUGACUUACCCUGCCGUAGGAGGUGUCUUGAAGAGCGAGGUGGAACUAUCCGAUAAGUCCAUUGAGUUUGAUGUCGAAGUUAAGUAUGAAAAGUUCAAGUUUGGAUCGGAACUUUCUGCCAAACGCGACAUAUCCAAGCCUGGGGACUAUGAGAUUGAGUUUGAGGCUGAAGUCCUGGAGAACAGCAUUGAGAUUAAGUCGAAACGUGUGAUCCUUGGAGAACACAAGAACAAGUAUAAGAACUCGUUGGAAUUGAAACCAGGUGGCAAGUACGAAGUGGAUGCUACGGUUGUCUAUAACGUCAAACCUCAUAAUAUCGAUAUGUCUCUAGAUGCCGACAUCAAGCUGAAUAACAAAAAGGUCAAGGCUGACACCGGGUUGCAAGUUAACCCACAAAAGGUUAAUUCCCAUGCCCAGAUUACCUUAGACAAUGUCAAAUAUGUUGACUUCGUGCUUAGGGUCCAGCGUGGUAACAAUCCUAAAGGGAAUCUGAACCUUAACUUGAAGAACUAUCUGACGGCGGUGGGGCAAUUCAGUUUCCAGAAUGGUAAAGGCAAUGCCAAUUUUGACAUUGACAUCCCAAAGAUUAACAGAAAGAUCAAAGGAUCUGGAGACGUGUCCAUCACUGGCACCCGUCAUGCAGCGAUCUUCGAACUCCUUUAUGACGCUGGAAAGGAUCCCAAUAAGAAAGUCAAGCUUUCUACGGAUACAGAUAUUUCGAAAGAAGUUAUUGACACGAAGAACAUUGUUGAAGUACACACGUAUAAGAUCGAAGUCAAUGCAAAGUAUACUCAUCAGGGAACCCUUACAGAUGGGAAGCAAACAUUCGCUGCUGAUGUUACCUUGCCAAAUGGACGAUACAUUGUCUUUAAGGGUGAUCGUGCGGUGACCCGUAAGAAUGACAAAUUUGACGGCCAUGCCAAUAUCGAAUUGACCGAUUCUAUCACUAAAGGUGGCCAAUCACGAAAGAUUAUCUAUAAUGGUGAAGCUCAUAAUUUUGAUUAUGAAACGAAGACAUACGAUGGAAAGCACACGUGGAAGCUGAUUAAUUUCGAUGGAUCCGAUCUUGAUGUGGAUGUUGUGUUGAAACACCUUCCGAAAGGAACUGAUAAGAAGUUGAGUGAGGUUCAGGUUGAAUUGGGUGGGUCUUCGAUUCCCAAGAAGUCUUCCGUGCACGUGCAGGCCGAGUAUGGUGCUGGGGUUGGGGAGUGGACGAUAAAAUCAUCAGUUGGUGAUAAUUUAACCCUCCAGGGAAAUGGCAAUUUCGUUCGUGGAAACAACGUUGAUAAGCCUUCAACAUUUGAAGCUACUGUCGACGUGAAAAUACCGAGCGAGAAGCUGAAGAACAUAAAGUUGCAAGUUUCAGAUAGUUUGUUGACACCAAAGGAAGUUGGUGGUGUCUUCGAUUACAUUCAAUCCUACAGCGUUAUUUAUAAUGACGAUCAGGCAUUGAAACUUGAUUCACACAUCAAACAUCUUGGAAUCGCUGAUGCUGAACACAGUAGCGAGGGGACAGCCAAGGUUGCUAUUUCAGUCCUGAACAAUCCUCCCCUAAUUAUUGGAAGUACCUACAAACAUAAUCCACUCGGUCAGACCAAACAAGAGUCUGCAUCAUUUGAUGUCAGCUAUGGCGAGAAGAAUGUUGGUUUGGAGUUGGACUCUAACUUCCUUCCUGAUCUCUCGUCUGUCAACAUCAAUGCCAAGGCCACUACUCCAGUCGACAAGUACCGCAGAAUUGAUCUUCAAUUCAGUCAUCAGAGGGAAGAUAAAGAUAAGCAUAGAAAGACUAAUGCUGUUCUGAUCGUUGACGGAACCCGGUACACCAUUGAUAGUGAAACCAAGUCUCAUGAAAUUUCUCCAAACGUUGACAUUAUUGACUACAUGCACAUUGUCUUUACCUGUCCUGAAGGAAAGACAGAAUUGAUUGCCAAGAUUGAUGUCGUUGGUCCCGGUGAAUACAAAGGUGAAUGGAAGCUGGAAUCGCCAAAGGGCUUUGUUGCCGUUGACAGUCACGUAAACUUGGAGAGUAUUGAUAACUUUGUCAUUACCGUCAACUUUGACAGUGAUAAGGUGAAGCAUCGUAAGAUCCAUGCAGAAAUUGCCAACAAGCCAACUGCCAAGGCUGGUAAAAAGAUUAUUGUUACGGUCACCAGUGAAGGAAAGAAUAUAGUUGCUGGAAGCACAAAUUACAAGAAAAGAGAAGAAGAUGGUAAAGUAAUUGUCGAAGGUAAUGGUAGUCUGAAGAUCGGUGACAGCACAAAAAGUUCAUCCUUCAAAUAUACUCGUCAAAAGCUCACGAAGGAAGCUGAUGGUGAAGACGGGGUAGCAGUGUUCCUUAAUACUAAUUUCGGAUCAUCAGCUAUUGUUGGUGAAUUGAAAUUGACUAAUAAGGAGAUACAUGUACUCAACAGUUAUUGUGAGCAAAGCAAAGAUUGUGCUCACUUCAAGCUGCAAUCAAAUUUCGCUGUCAAGAGCGUUGCCAAUGCAGACCACCAGUUGACCGUCGAAGUUGACCUGAAGAAAUUCAAUGUACCAGUCGAAUUUGGUUUGAAGACCAGCACGCAAAUUAAGGAACUGUCAUUCGAUCACACUGCAAGUUUGUACUUGCAUUCCUCUAAGGACAAAUCCCAAUACACGUACCAACUCUACGCUCAUCCUGGAGACAGCGCUGCCAUCCUGACUUUGCCCAGUCGCGAAUUGGCUGUCAUUUUGACAACUGAUUGGCCUUCAUCAAAACAAGGCGGAGCAUACAAAUUCGAUGUCAGUCUAUACUUGGAUAGAAAGAACAAACCAACGGAAAAAACUACUCUAGCUAUCAACGGUGACGUUAGUCUCCACAAAAAUGCUGCUGCUAUAAACGGCGAAGCGAAAUUCACAUAUCCAUCCCAGCCAAAGGAAUUGUCAGUGAAAGGUAAUGUGCAUUAUGGUGGAGAUCACCUGUUGGAUGCCAGCCUGGACGUCGACGUUUUUGCAAAGAAGUCGCAAAAGAUCAGCGCAGUAGCCAAGCUUUCUAAAGUACAGCUGGCCAAAGGGUACAAUGUGACAGGUGUCAUUGAAGUCAAUAGUCGUGGUCAGCAGCUCAAGGUCGACUUGAAAAAUCACUUGGUUCUGUCAACGAAUGAACUUGGCUUUGGAAGUUUCCUGUCAUAUACGGAUCAGCAUCAGAAACCAAAAACAGUUGGUGUAUUCUUCUCUGCGAACUCGAAGGAAUCUCAUUUCUUGGUGCAAGCUCCAAACAUAGAAGUUGUUAGGGCUGAUACUACUUUGGAGUUGUCGAAAAACCUACAGAAAGUGGACACUGAAGUCAUAGUGCUGAAUAACAAGCCUAUAGUCAUUAACUUUGAAGCUCGUGACUUCAACACUUUCAAAUAUGCCUACUACCCAAAGAAUGACCCUAAUACCAAACUUACCGCGAAUGGGCGAGUGGUGCUUGGACAACUUGCUGAAAUUCAUGCUGAUGCAUAUAAGGAUGGGACCAAGAAAGACCUGUUCCGUGCAUUGGUGUAUUUAGAUGAUAAUAAGUUCCUGAAACCUGACUUCUCUUACAACAAAAAUAAUAUCGUUGAAGUUGUUAACGCUUACCGUGAACACAUCAUUAACUACAUUAAACAGCUGAAGGAAGUCGUACAAGAUGUUGGAGAAGAAGUCGUCGUUGAACUUAAGGAUCUUGUAGACCACUUAAAGAAAGCCCAACCGAAUUUGAAGCCUCUUCUGGAUUACUAUGACUCGGAGUUAACGAAGCUUAAGAAUGAACUUCAUGCCGACCAGGCAGUCAAGGAUAUUCAGGCAGCUUUCAACAAGUUGUUUGGUGGCAUUAUUACAGCAAUUGUGAAUACCGCGAAGCUCAUGACAGAACGCGUCCAGGAAUUGUUUAAGUCGUUCAAUGAAAUUGUGAUUAAGGUGACUGAAGCAAUCAAAGCCAGUUACCCACAGAUUAAGGAAUCUGUUGACAAGAUCUUCAAAGCUGGCCUGAACGUUUUCGAUGCUGUCCUGAACCUUAGCCUGACUUACUUCAAGGCUUUCUUGAACAUCAUCAACGAGCACCAGAAGGAACUCAACGAAAUCGCCACGGUAGCUUCGGAACUCGUCCAAGAUGUCGCCAGGAUCAUCUUCAAGGGGGCUGCUGACAUCGAAAAGGAACUCAAGGACUUCGUUACUCUGCUCAUUCAACAAAUUAAAGCUUUGCCGAUCUACGAAUUUAUUCAAUUGAAGUAUAGGGAAAUCAUCAAGUUUGAAGUACCACCUGCAGUUCACAAUGCGGUUAAGGAUGCAGUUGAAUAUGUCAAAGUCAUCCUGCCUACUGAAGAACUGAGGAAACUCGUAGAUGCGGUCUAUGAUUACAUCUUGAAACAUGUUAAGCACGAAAAGGUUGACGAUGUAUCCGAGAUUAAAAAUAUUUAUCGAAGUGCUGUGAACGCAAUUCAAUCCGUGGUGUCACUCCUUCAAACUCAAGCAACGACCGAAAAUGUUUCCGGAUUCUUGGAGGCACGAAUACCAUUUGACUUCAGUUUCGUGAGAAGAAUUCCUGGAAUUUUCUCGUUAAAGGUGUCUGUCUUCAAUCUCCUGCGAAACCGAGAGUUACCGAAGAUAACAGACUUGUAUUACGCAUACAGGCCACCUCAUUGCUUCACUGAUAUCUUCCCGCCCUUCAGUAAAACCGGAUUCGUCAUUAGUGGAGGACAUUUCUUCACAUUCGAUGGUCGUCAAGUAACUCUUCCUGGCUCUUGUGAUUAUGUUCUGGCUCAAGACAUUCAGGAUGGAAACUUCUCUGUGGUUGCAUCCCUGAAGAACGGAGUUCUCAACGGCAUCACCAUCACUGAGCCAAAUGAAAGCAUCACCAUAAAAACAAAUGGAGAGAUCCUCAUUAACGGGCAGCCGGCUGACUAUCCUGCCAAAACAAACAACCUCCAGGCCUUCUUAACAAGUCCAACAGUCAAUGUCAAGUCCAGCUAUGGAGUGCAUUUGAUGUGCAGUGAAAAGUCGCCACUGAUUUGCAGUAUUCACGUAUCUGGCUUUUAUUUCGGCAAAUUGCGCGGAAUUCUCGGUGAUGGAAACAACGAGCCUUGGGAUGAUUUUACUCUACCUUCCGGGAAGGUCACGGAAAACGAGGCGGAAUUCGCAAAUGCCUAUAAACUGAAUCCCGGAUGUCCCGAUGCAGCAACACCACCUGAUGACGCCUCACAACGUUCACCAGUAUGCACAGAAUACUUCUCCGGAAGUUCUCCCAUGAGUGGCUGCUUCAACUACGUCAACCCGGCGCCAUAUCGCCAUGCUUGUGAUCAUGCCUCCCAAAGUUCACCGGAAGGUCCUUGCUUGAUUUCCGUUGCUUAUUAUGGUGCUUGUUUCGAAGCUCGUGCUCCUAUCAGUAUCCCUCCGGCGUGUGGCAAGUGUAAAGUCGGAAAUCAGAAGAUCGCUAUCGACGAUACAUUCAGUGUCAAGAUCCCUAACAAAGAAGCCGACAUUAUUUUUGUGGUUGAACAAGAACUCAGCAACGAGAAAAUAUACAAAGAACUAGUAAUUCCCCUGAUGACGGAGCUGAAAAAUGAGUUGAAACACGCAGGAUUAACCGAUGUCAAGUUUGGCCUGAUCGGAUACAGUGACAAGAUGAAAUGGCCUCAACAUUACACCGUGGGUGGCAAUCGAAACAUCGAAGGUGAAGCCAAGAACAUCGAGUUUAAGAAAAAAGAUCCAAUCCUUUCCUGGGAGGAGGUAAAGGGCGGUAAAGCAGAGGACAAAUUGAAAUAUUUGAAGCAACGGGUGGAUGUUGAACUUGGUACUUUCACAUUGACCGAUGCAUAUGUCGAAGCGAUACGUUAUCCGUACAGACCUGAAGCAGCCAAGGUUGUAAUCGGCGUCCUUUCAUCUCCUUGCGAGAAGACACCUCUUCCGCUUUCUCUUCAACAUCUUAGAAUUUUAAUGGGCCACAAAGUAUACCAAGAUCUCGGUCUCACGUAUUACCAGAUUUCACCUUUGGACGAUCUCCAAGUAUCUGGAAAGCCUCAGAAAAACAUCGUAGGUUACGACUAUGACGCUGCGUACACCUUUGCUGAUGCUAAAAAGAAACCCAUCGAAGGUAGCACUGAAAUUAGAAACAACUUGGUUCAGCUUAGCAAUGAUGUCUGCAGUGGAUUUGCUGUAAAUUCUGGAGGUGCAGCAUUCAGUUCGCACAACUUUGCCGAAGCCAAGCCUAAUCAAAAGAAACAGUUCAUCCAGGUUGUAGCAAGGAGGGUCACCGACGGUAUUAGUAACGUCGAAUUAGAAGAGGAUUGUGUGUGUCAGCAGCACCACGGAAUAAUUGCUCGUGCCGAAUGUAAAAUUAUUAAUCGUAAAGAACAGCAUGGUCGCUCUUCUUUAGCGCGGCACGUGCUAGGAUUCGUCAAGGGUUGACGUGGACCGGAUGAACGCGCAGACUAUUAUUACCAAUUAAUUAGGAAUAAUGUAUUUGUUACUUUAUUAUAAUAUUGUUCGAGUCUUUUUGAUAGUUUUAAGUCGGACAUACCGUUCGUACACGCGAUCAUUAUAAGUCGUAUUUUAUCCAUUAUGCGACUAUUGUUAAAUUUCAGCUGACUUCCGUAAGAAGUAAAUGGUAAAUUAUUACGUUGCAUCGAAUAUUUUAUUUUGAUCUGAUAUUAUUUCAAUAAAGAAUAUAGACUCGGCCAAAGCGA